AUGUAUCUAAACACGAAGGUGCGUGAAUUGGAUGCAGAUAGCAUAACCCGUUGGCUAAGUGGCGUCGCAGCCAGUGAAGAUAAUGACAUGAAAUCUGAAGGUGGUGAGGCAGCUGUUUUGGGAAUCGCUCCUUCUCUCUUCCAUGAUGGUGCCUCAGUCGAACUGCUGUCGCCACCUCCACCUCACCUUUUCUCCCUCCUUUUCCUCUACAUCUACGACCGUCACAGUGUCUCGUUAACUGCCAUCGCCUUUAAAAAUGAUUAA